AUGAACGAUAAUUCCAGCUUGACACCAUUGCCCAAUAACGCCCGACGGUUUUGGCCAGGAAAGACAUCUCACCCCCUCUGUGAAUAUUGCACCAAGCUUGGGUUCGACCAAUUUGCAAUCGACUCUUCUUCCAGUACGCCAAAUGUCACCACCGACCGCUUGCCGCUUGACCUUCUCCGCAUCAUUAAGAACUACAAGAGCGACAAGUGUGGAUUCUGCAGCUUGCUUUUCGACGCAAUUGCAGCGCACGACCCAUUCGAGCACCCGGCCGUCAAGGAUCAUAUGCCCGAGGACCUUGUAGGUCAAACGUUCAGACAGUGGGCUGGCGAGUUGGGCUGGUCGCAAGGCUUGCUGGGCGGCGGUCAUCCGUUUGGAAAGUCUCGCGAUGCUUUAAAGUUCACGGACUCGACCAGCUCCAACGCAAGCCCACAGGUCGAGAGAGACCUAACCGGAGAGCUCAGAAAAGACCUUCAGUUUGCAGGCGAACUUGCAGCGGCCCAAGCAAGCGUCACCCAUGCCAUUAACCAGUCGAUCAAGUCCAACAACGCAGACGUUGCUGGAAUACUUGGAGCAGUGCAGGAGAUGAUUAUCCCAGUCAUGACCUUGAUGAAUCGCGUCAACGAGAAGCUGCCCGCCGGCGUGUCCAUCCAGACAACUGGUCGAGGCCUUUUCACUGUUGGAGUCUGGGGAUUCGGUAACGCGCCCAACAACCCGCCUUUAUCCUGCCUAUGCAGUUUCAACCUUCGCGUCGCGGAAGCACACAGUUCAGGCACUGGGGCCGAAUUCCCUCGCUAUGGCAAUCGACUUGAAGACAAAAUCGACGUCAAAGGACUCUGCCGAGCCUUCCUGGACAACUGCAUCAAUCACCACUGGAGCUGCAAUCGACCAGGCUGGUCAAUUCACCUCAAGAAACCGGAAGGCCCCCAUUUCAGACUGAUUGACGUCUACAAAAGAACGAUCGUGAGUCACGAUGAACUUCUAAAGCGCCAUUCCAACACCCUACCGCAAUAUGCCGCGUUGUCGUACGUCUGGGGGGAGACAGGUGAAACAUGCCGGAAGCUCCUUGAAUCAGAUUUGCCUGAGGACAAUGAGAAUGGUGAUAUCUCUAUCGACUCCAAGGACAAACGACUUGCCGCCACUAUCUCGGAUGCAAUUCGAGUAACUCAGCAACUGAACGAGGGACUCAAUGAGACAGACACGCGCCUCCACAUUCGCUAUCUUUGGGUGGAUAGCCUGUGUAUUAUCCAGGGGCCAGGCCACGGUCAGACCAUGAGUGCUCGCUGUAUGGCAGCUAAGUCGUCGCAGAUUCAACAGAUGGACAAGAUAUAUGGUGAAGCGACUAUAGUAAUUGUCGCCGCCGGUGGAUCCGAGGCUGAUGCGGGAAUACGCGGCGUCACCGAUGACCGAAAACGCAACCCAGAGCAAAUCUCUCGACAGGUUCAGCCAAGGGUUAAUGUGCUGCUCCCAGUCCAGUAUCCGUCAGAUUAUGGGAAGUGGGACUCCCGGGCUUGGACACUUCAAGAGAAGCUUCUGUCGAGAAGGAAGCUUAUUUUUGGCGAGAACUACGCAAGCUUCCACUGCCAGCACCAACAAGUGCUGAGAGAGGACAUGUCCGCGAGUGACGCCAUGAACGGACCACCACCGACUGACUUAUUAUCUCCCCCGACAACUGAUCUCUUUAUCAGUGCCAAGAAGAGAUACAUGCCGGGUCAGGUCCCUGUAAUUUACAGGUCACCACUGUUCACGGAAUAUGCCAAGGUAUUGGCGCAGUAUACCAGUAGGGAAUUGACUAACCCAAAAGAUAUACUCUUGGGUAUGAUGGGUCUCCUGAACGUUUUGGUUGUCUCGAACAGAUCACAAAAGUCAAUUGCCGAUAGGACGCUCAGCGGGCUCCCUGAACAGUUCAUCGACUUGGCCCUUCUAUGGCAGCCACCGACGGCCAAAGGUGUUGAUCUCACGCGCCGUGCUGCAGGUGACCGACUACCUAUUGGCGCGGGUCAAGAUCUCCAGCACGAAUUUCAGUUUCCCAGCUGGUCCUGGGCCGGGUGGGAUACCAUCAGAACUGUCAGCAGCCCCCAAAACCACCCAGGAGUGCGUUUUGAAGAGCCGUUCUCGGUAUCGACGUACAGCGAUCUUUCGCUGAGGAAGGUGGUGAUGACAGGUUCCGAUCGCAAGCAGGAAGAACGAUACAGACCGUUGGUUAUGUGGUACACGACCAAAGCGACGAAUGCGCCUCCUGUCCCGCAGAGGCCACGGAACCCGCUCCGCUCACCAACCGCUCUGGCUCAAGUGCAGAGCCAGUUGCGAUCUCGUUCUCGGAGAUUGAGACCUGUCAACGGUCAUGGCCUAGGCAUUGCAUUCAAUCAGUCAAGUGGGCAAUCAAGUCCCCAGGCUCUAUUCAUCGAAAGAGCUUUACAACUGCGAGGUGGCAAUGUCGGAAUACCUGCCAUUCCGGACGGCGUGUGCCUUAAAGAUCACCAUCUUAUCUGCGAGAGUCAAGUCGCGACUUUCCAACUCAAAGUGCUGCGUGAGCCUCGAGUCGAGGUGUUGUGGCGGAUGGAACAAGACAACAUUGUCCAAGAGCAAAUACAUCAUGAUCGGAACCAAGGGAAUCAUCAAGACAAGACCCGUCAGGACUUUGAGGCUGUCGAGACACACAUCAUCAAGGAACACGAGAUCAGAGAUGAAAAUGGAAUCGUUGUGGGUCAUGUUGUACCCACUAACGGACAGCAGCUGCUGAACGACAUGAAGUUUAACUUUGUCCUCCUAUCAGAAUCUCAAUACUGGGGAAACGAGAAUAGGGUCGAUGUUGAUGAUUACCCUCUUUACAACGUCAUGAUGGUCGAGUGGGAUCACAGUGGGAAGAUAGCUUCCCGGUUAGGUCUGGGAAAAAUACGGAAAGAAGCGUGGGCUAUGGCGAAACCGGCUUUACAGACUGUCAUUCUAGCUUGA